GGGGAGUCAAUGCGUUUAUGGAAGCAUUCCAUGGGAUCCACUGAUUGAAACGGGUUUAGUUUGGUUCUGCAGUCAGACACUCUGAGGUGACGCAUACACCCAGGCUACCACACUUACACUGAGAGAAAGGCUACAUCUCGAACAACAUCAAAUAAAAUAUGUAAUUCCAGAAAUCAGAAUCAUAUCAGAAGUUUAUCUGGCAUAAAGACGUCUGGCUGAAUCAUAUCAGGAGUUUAUCUGGCAUAAAGACUUCUGAGUGAGCGUUAACUUCGCGCGCAUUAGUAAUGCAUGAGUAGUGGGAGGGGGCUGACCGCGCACGAUGCCCCCCAAUAGACUCUCGAGACAUUGUCAUGGAAAGAGACCACCGCCUCGUUAUUGUCUCGCGGACUGCCAAGUUUAUUAUAAACACUGCGCGAGCUGGCCGGUGCGCUGUCAUACUGAGCGCAAGGCGAGGUGGUCCGGAAGGGAGCGAGAGCGAAACUGACGUGGGUGGAAGAGGAAGAUACUGAUACUGAGAGAGAAAAGAAAGAGAUUUCAGGAAUAUUGCUUUCAAGGAAGAGCGAGAGACGUGAAGAAAGACAUAUAUAUAUGGUAAAAAUAACAUUCUGCUUUGACUGAAAACAAGAAAACCAAAUUGAGAGCGGGACUGAACUCGGGGACCUAAAGCUCGUCAUUGGAGAAAUUUGAAAAACGGAAUUCAUUCUGUGGUGUUUUUUCAGCUUUAACCGUUUUAAUUCCUCUCGAAUCCUGAGAAGUACAUUUCAUCCAGCGCUCGCCCCAGAGUUGUCGUCCUCACGCCUCCAUGUAUAAAAUGGAUUACUCCUACCUGAACUCAUAUGACUCGUGCAUGGCGGCCAUGGAGGCAUCGGCCUACGCGGACUUCAGCUCGUGCAGUCAGGCCAGCUCGUUCCAGUACAACCCGAUCCGGACCGGGUUCGGUGCCAACCCGGGAUGCGCACCCCUGAGCACCGCUAGCUGCACACUGGGGUCCCUUCGGGAGCACCAGCCCACACCCUACUCCACAGUUCCAUAUAAGUUCUUCUCGGACCCAUCCGGUUUAAACGAGAAGCGGAAACAGCGGCGCAUAAGGACCACCUUCACGAGCUCACAGCUGAAGGAGCUGGAGCGUGUGUUCGCGGAGACGCACUACCCCGACAUCUACACGCGCGAGGAGCUUGCGCUCAAGAUCGACCUUACCGAGGCGCGGGUGCAGGUAUGGUUCCAGAACCGGCGGGCUAAGUUCCGUAAGGUGGAGCGUGCUGCCAACUCUAAAUCCAGUAACGGGACCGGGGCCUCCGGAGGGAAUAGUGGCAAUACUGGGGGGAAAAAGGGCGAGCCCAGAUCUUCCUCAGAUGAUGACGAAUCAAAAGAGUCCACCUGCAGUCCCACCCCUGACAGCACUGCCUCUCUGCCCGGCUCAGCCAAUGGGAACAUGGGUAGCCCUGCCAGCCUCAGCCCCAGCCCUGCCCCUGCUAAUGGUGGCUACGCUAACACCUCCAGCUCCCCCGUUCUGCAGGGGCUCAAACCCCCUGGCUGGCCCAGCCUAGGGCCCACCCACCCAGGAAUGGCCCAACCCACAGCCCAUGCUCCAGAGCUGCUGAAGGCGUGGCAGCCGGCAGACAGUAUGACAGGGCCUUUCGCUGGCGUGCUCUCCUCCUUCCACCGGAAACCCAAUGCUCUCAAGACUAACCUGUACUAGAGACAAUGAACAGAGAUGUCUAGUAUAACUGCUGUAUAUCUAUACAGACUAUCUGUACUAGAGACAAUGAACAGAGAUGUCUAGUAUAACUACUGUAUAUCUAUACAGACUAUCUGUACUAGAGACAAUGAACAGAGAUGUCUAGUAUAACUACUGUAUAUCUAUACAGACUAUCUGUACUAGAGACAAUGAACAGAGAUGUCUAGUAUAACUACUGUAUAUCUAUACUCUCCUUCCCCCUCUAUCUACUGCCCCCCAGAGCGGGACUACCCCUUUCAUUUAUUACUACCCGGACUCUCUAAGUGACAGUUGUAGUUUGUGAAUAUGUGUUUGUGUUGAAGUGUGUGUAACAUGCAUCUCAUACGGGGUGUGUGUGUGUCAGUUGUUCUGUAUGUUCUCACUCCAACAAAGCUACACCCCCCCCAACACACACACUAUAUACAGUCCAAAAGGCAUUAGUAGACAUUGUGCACUUAGUAACAGUAACUCCUAGCCCCUGUACCCCUGUACCCCUGAUUAGUAACAGUAGCUCCUAGCCCCUGUACCCCUGAUUAGUAACAGUAGCUCCUAGCCCCUGUACCCCUGUACCCCUGAUUAGUAACAGUAGCUCCUAGCCCCUGUACCCCUGUACCCCUGAUUAGUAACAGUAGCUCCUAGCCCCUGUACCCCUGUACCCCUGAUUAGUAACAGUAACUCAUAGCCCCUGUACCCCUGUACCCCUGAUUAGUAACAGUAACUCCUAGCCCCUGUACCCCUGUACCCCUGAUUAGUAACAGUAGCUCCUAGCCCCUGUACCCCUGUACCCCUGAUUAGUAACAGUAACUCCUAGCCCCUGUACCCCUGAUUAGUAACAGUAGCUCCUAGCCCCUGUCCCCCUGUACCCCUGAUUAGUAACAGUAACUCCUAGCCCCUGUACCCCUGUACCCCUGAUUAGUAACAGUAGCUCCUAGCCCCUGUACCCCUGAUUAGUAACAGUAGCUCCUAGCCCCUGUACCCCUGUACCCCUGAUUAGUAACAGUAGCUCCUAGCCCCUGUACCCCUGAUUAGUAACAGUAACUCCUAGCCCCUGUACCCCUGUACCCCUGAUUAGUAACAGUAGCUCCUAGCCCCUGUACCCCUGUACCCCUGAUUAGUAACAGUAGCUCCUAGCCCCUGUACCCCUGUACCCCUGAUUAGUAACAGUAGCUCCUAGCCCCUGUACCCCUGUACCCCUGAUUAGUAACAGUAACUCAUAGCCCCUGUACCCCUGUACCCCUGAUUAGUAACAGUAACUCCUAGCCCCUGUACCCCUGUACCCCUGAUUAGUAACAGUAACUCAUAGCCCCUGUACCCCUGUACCCCUGAUUAGUAACAGUAACUCCUAGCCCCUGUACCCCUGUACCCCUGAUUAGUAACAGUAACUCCUAGCCCCUGUACCCCUGAUUAGUAACAGUAGCUCCUAGCCCCUGUCCCCCUGUACCCCUGAUUAGUAACAGUAACUCCUAGCCCCUGUACCCCUGUACCCCUGAUUAGUAACAGUAGCUCCUAGCCCCUGUACCCAUGAUUAGUAACAGUAGCUCCUAGCCCCUGUACCCCUGUACCCCUGAUUAGUAAGAGUAGCUCCUAGCCCCUGUACCCCUGAUUAGUAACAGUAACUCCUAGCCCCUGUACCCCUGUACCCCUGAUUAGUAACAGUAGCUCCUAGCCCCUGUACCCCUGAUUAGUAACAGUAGCUCCUAGCCCCUGUACCCCUGAUUAGUAACAGUAACUCCUAGCCCCUGUACCCCUGAGUAGUAACAGUAACUCCUAGCCCCUGUACCCCUGUACCCCUGAUUAGUAACAGUAGCUCCUAGCCCCUGUACCCCUGGUUAGUAACAGUAACUCCUAGCCCCUGUACCCCUGUACCCCUGGUUAGUAACAGUAACUCCUAGCCCCUGUACCCCUGAUUAGUAACAGUAGCCCCUAGCCCCUGUACCCCUGGUUAGUAAGAGUAACUCCUAGCCCCUAUACCCCUGUAUCCCUGAUUAGUAACAGUAACUCCUAGCCCCUGUACCCCUGUACCCCUGAUUAGUAACAGUAACUCCUAGCCCCUGUACCCCUGGUUAGUAACAGUAACUCCUAGCCCCUGUACCCCUGAUUAGUAACAGUAACUCCUAGCCCCUGUACCCCUCUACCCCUGAUUAGUAACAGUAGCUCCUAGCCCCUGUACCCCUGAUUAGUAACAGUAACUCCUAGCCCCUUUACCCCUGAUUAGUAACAGUAGCUCCUAGCCCCUGUACCCCUGUACCCCUGAUUAGUAACA